AGCGGAGCUCCGCAGGUGAAGCGCUCUCUCUGUGUUUGGAGCUCAAAGUGGAUCAGAUCUGCUCUGUCUCUGGUCCAGGAUCAUCUGAGAGCCACUCUGUGUCAGAUCCAGACUCAGAAUCAGAGCACAGCAGACGGACGAUCAUCAGCACACGACGGCCCGGGUCACGCAGAGGUCAGAUCGGCGGAUCAGCAGCAGCACGAGGACGACUACGUUUCCCAGAAGUCUUUGAGCAGCAGAGGCAGGACUCCGAGACUGAAGGUCAUGGAGUGUAAGGUCAGACUGCUGGACGGCUCAGACUACACCUGCACCGUGGAGAAAAGAGCGAAAGGUCAGGUUCUGUUCGAUAAGGUUUGUGAUCACCUGAAUCUCCUGGAGAAGGACUAUUUCGGCAUCACGUACCGGGACGAUGAAAACCAGAAGAGCUGGCUGGACGUUUCUAAAGAGAUGAAGAAGCAGAUCAGCACUGAUCCCUGGAACUGUGCCUUCAGCGUGAAGUUUUAUCCUCCCGAUCCAUCGCAGCUCUCCGAGGACAUCACCAGGUAUUUCCUGUGUCUGCAGCUGAGAGAUGACGUGGUUUCUGGCCGUUUGCCGUGUUCUUUCUCCACACACGCAGUGUUGGGCUCCUACACGGCUCAGUCGGAGCUGGGAGACUGUGACUCGGAGCUGCAGGGCUCCAGUUACAUCUCUGACAUGUGUCUGGCCCCGAAUCAGACCAAAGAGCUGGAGGAGAAAGUGCUGGAGCUCCACCGCGGACACAAAGGAAUGACUCCUGCUGAAGCUGACAUGAUGUUCCUGGAAAACGCAAAGAAACUCUCCAUGUACGGAGUCGACCUGCAUCAUGCCAAGGAUUCAGAGGGUGUGGAGAUCAUGCUGGGAGUUUGUUCCAGCGGCCUCCUCGUCUACAGAGAUAAACUGCGCAUCAAUCGCUUCGCCUGGCCCAAAAUAAUCAAGAUCUCCUACAAGAGGAACAACUUCUACAUCAGAGUGCGUCCAGGAGAGCUGGAACAGUUCGAGAGCACCAUCGGAUUCAAGCUCUUCAGUCACAAAGCAGCAAAGAGACUCUGGAAAGUGUGUGUGGAGCAUCACACCUUCUUCAGGCUGGUUUCUCCUGAAGCUCCGCCCAAGCGCUUCCUGAUGUUGGGCUCAAAGUUCCGCUACAGCGGCCGAACACAAGCAGAGACGCGCCGCGCUAGCUCUCAGAUCGCUCGGGCCGCUCCACAGUUCCAGCGACGACACACGGUCACCGCUAGCAUGGACAGCAUGACGGUCACCCAUGACAACGGGAAGAACGCCACACCUGCUGUUGCUAUAGAUGACCUCAUCACCUUGGAAACGCCAGAGAAGAAGGAAGAGGAGAUGAACUCAGUGGAGGAGGAGAAUAAAACCAGUGCUGACGAAUCAGAACAGGCCCCGCCCCCCUCCGUCACCAAGAUGUCAGAGGAGGAUAAAGCUGAACCUGAAGGUGUUCCAGUGAAGCCGGAUCGUUCGUCUGAUGCUGUGGAGCAGACGGAGGAAGUGCUUCAAGAUGUUUCUGUGGUUCACACCGAGACCAAGACCAUCACAUACGAGUCUUCAGAGGUGGAUGCGGACGGUGACUCAGAUGCAGGCGUCCUCAUGAGCGCUCAGACCAUCACAUCAGAGAACGACAGCAGCAGCACCACCACACACAUCACCAAGACGGUGAAGGACGGUGUUUCAGAGACUCGCAUCGAGAAGAGGAUCGUCAUCACAGGAGACGCAGACGUGGACCACGAGCAGGCUCUGGCUCAGGCCAUUAAAGAGGUCAAAGAGCAGCACCCAGACAUGUCGGUCACUAGAGUAGUGGUUCAUACAGAGAGCGAGAUCUCAGCGGCUGACGGUGACGUGUGAACCUCGGAGGAAUGAGCUCGUGACCUCUGACCUUUGACCUCCAGAUCUUCAUCAUCAAGCCAUCAGCUUCACCCUCGUCAAACUGAGAUGAUGGACUCAGAAACCAAAAAGGGGGAAAAGUGAAAUUUCCAGGAAAAACCUUCGCCUUAAAACACCUGAUUUCUUCAAAUGAUUCAAAAUAUAAAUUUCUGCCACUUGGGUUUCUUUCACAGACACACGUCCAGGUCUAAAUCAAAUCAGAUUUCAAGCUCCAGAAGACAAACGCAGCUGAAUUGAAUCAGAAGUCCAUUUUUAUUGCAGUAGUUGUUUCACGAGUUGAUGUUUUUCUGGCACUGUGCAUUAAACAUGCAAAUGAGUGAAGAGAAACACACUUUAUAAAACACUGAAACUCCCUGAGAAAUCCCUCCGCCUGACCUUUGACCUCCUCCUACAUCUGACCCUGUUUCAGAGUGUAACGGGACAGAACUGAGAGAUGCAUGUCAUCGGUGUGAUCUGUUUUGAGUUUUUAUUUUGUAAUAAAAGACUGUUGAACUGGA